GCGCACGGAAACAAAAGGUUGGCCACCCCUGAUCUAGAUCUAUUUGGCUUCAAUUUUUUUUCCUGGCCAGAAUCAAUAGACAAAAUGGCGGCCUCCUUGAGAAAGGCACUGAUUUCCUGGCAAUGGCAAAAUUGUCUUAGAUCAAGACAAGUAGCAAAGAAAUGUGUACAAAAUCAGAUAUCUGCUUUUAGCAGCUGUAGCAGUUUACAUGUUGAAGUUCAGCUACAAGGUGUGCCUCAGAACUUAGUAGAGGCUAAAGGAGAAACACAGACACAAUUGGAUAUUGCCCUUCAACAUAAGGAUUACUUUGGUUUGAAGCAUUUGGUCACUCUUAGAGAUUUAUUUAAUGCUAGAGUUCAUUAUGGACAUAAUGCAGGCCUGCGACAUGAAUCCAUGACACCUUACAUAUAUGGCUGUCGGCAAGGUACAGAUAUAAUAGACUUGGAACAAACACUUUCUUUACUUGAACAAGCCCUAGAUGUUUGUGCACAUAUUGUUUACAGAGGAGGAAUGGUCUUAUUUGUAUGUAGAAAUUUACAGUUUCUACCUUGGGUAGAGAAAACUGUGAGAGAAUUAGGAGAAUAUGCUCAUUGUCGUCCUUGGAAGAGAGGUAUCUUCACUAAUGCUGCCAAUAUUUUCAACACUUUACCAAUCUACCCAGAGCUUUGCAUUUUUCUUGGUACCCAGGAUACUGUAUUUGAAACUCACAGGGCUGUGGUUGAAUCCAACAAACUUUUAAUUCCAUCAAUUGGUAUUUUAGACACCAAUACUGACUGUGCCUCAUUGAUUACAUAUCCAAUACCAGGGAAUGAUGACAGCCCUGAGUCACUGGCCUUAUAUUUACAUCUCUUUAAAACUGCAAUACUUAAAGCUAAAGAGAAAAGAAAACAAGAUGGCAUAGUUAGCUGAAAGAAUCAAGGACUAUUUCAGUUCCUGUGACAUUACUAAUAAAUAUUGAGGUGUUUUUUUUUGUCAACAGACUUAUAUCAUUACAAUGGGAGUCAUGUAGAUUGACUGUUUUAGUUGAAUAGACUUAACAAAAGAGAGGUCAUUUUAAUAACUUAAAAAGUUCUUUAUGUCUUGAGUAACAUAAGAUUAGAAGAUAAUAUGAUGUAGAGCUUCAUUUUCUAUUGGUUUGAAACAUCCUGGAUCCAGGACCCACUUUAGAAUAAUCAAGUGUAUACAGUUCUUCAUUACAUCUAAGAAUGUUCUAUAACCUAGAGCUGUAAAUAUUUGAAAGAAAUAAUUAAAACUGAAAUGAAUUCAACCCACAAAAUGUCUAGUUAAGAGAAUAUGUAUGCUGUAUAUCAUUAGACAGUAAAUUACCUUAUUGAAAUACCAGGUGUUGUUGACUUUUAGCAAUGCUCAAUAGAGUUCUAUAUUCAGCACAGUAAUCCCAUUGGAUUAAAUUUACUCACAGUUUGGUUUUGCUUUUUUUUUUUUUGAAACAAAAUAUUUUGAGAAUCAUCUCAGUCUUAUUGAACUUUUAUAAAUUAAGAAACAAUAUGAUAUUUCUGUGAAAAUAAAAGACAAGAAGCAUAUUUUAUUGUAUUGUUUCAUUGGACGAUGUUAGAUCUACAUAAAUUCAUUAAAACUUGUUUAUUGAAGACAAUGUCUUAUUAUUAGCUUGCUUGAAGUCAGUGGUUGAAAACGAAUGUUAAUCUGGCAUUAAUUUCUUCAAAUUGUCGCCACUGACUGCAUUUUUUUGUUUCUCCGUACUCAUUCGUUAGUUUUUAUUACAAUACCUCAAUUCAAGUCACACUCCUUCAUUGAGGGUGGACGAAGGCUGAUCUCAAAAAAUGGCUCUAACAAUUUUCCCAGAAAUGUAACAGUUGAUAGGCUAUAUAUUGCUGAGAAAAGAAUUAUAACUAGCUCGUUGACCACAUUGGGGAAAACUAGUUUGACCGUUAUAAUUUUUUUAAAGUAAAAAUGAAUAAAUGUAAAUUUGGCUAGACUAAAUCUAGGUCUAGAUCCUACAUUGGUUUUGAAAGGACUAUCGUGUUCGAGAAUUUCAUAAUGUAAGCAUUAUUGAUUCAUGAGUUGUAUACGGUAAAUUAAUGUUCAGGAAAAUUCUGCUAGAUUAUCAUUGGAAUAUAUUAAAAGUUGUACUACAUCUAUACAUUGUA